CCAAAUAAUUCUGAAGACCAUGACAUACUAGGUAUGGCCGAUGCAGUUAGAGCACAAUAUAAGAAGGCUUGUGCUUUGUUAAAGAUACCUUCAAACAAUCCAUAUGAUGCAGGAGUCUCAUUCUAAAAGAAAAGAUUCAAUGAAAACAACGAUUCGUGGUCUUUGUCACAAUAUAGAUUCCCUAAUCAACUACCUUGCACCAUAUUUGCCACUGGUCAACUGUCAUAUGGUAGAAUUCCUAACAAAUGACCAUUGGAAUACAUACUUGCCAAAUACUUUAAAAGAAUAUCUCGAUCAGCUGGAUUUGAAUGAGUCACUGGAGCAGUUUUGGGAUGCUACUAACAGCCAUAAAGGCAAUGAACCGACUGAAUUGAGAAGAUGGAUAACGGAAGCCAGAAAACAUUAUUUGGAGGUCAAUAAUGACUAUUGUUUGUCAGUUGAACAGUUGAAUGAAAGGAUCAAGUCAUGGGGCGGGGAACUGCAGCCAGAGAUCAAGGUUAAAGAAUUUAUGAAUAGCAAGAAGAGUUAUGAAACACAGAAACAAUGGCACGCAAUCGCCAAAAGGAUAAACGAUGGAACCGAAGAGAAACCGCCUCACUUCAAUAAAGACCUCCAGAGAUUCGCUCAGGCUUUUAUAACCAAAGACACUGAUCUUGGAGGCGUCGUCAGAGAGACGUUCCCAGAGUGUAAAGACUUGGAUACUAGGAUUAUUCUCACUGGUCUCCAUACUUGUGGGAAUCUUGGUCCGGACUCGCUUCGUAUCUUCACGGCUCGAUCGCAGAUAGCAGGCCUCCUCACGGUCCCGUGCUGUUACCACCUCCUCACCGAGGACUCAGACGUGGAACUCUUCGAUGUUUUCCAGAAGGAGUACGGAAGUGGAGAGAGGACGCAGGGUUUCCCGAUGUCUGAGUAUCUGAGAGGCUACAGGCUGGGUCGCAACGCGCGCAUGCUGGCGGCGCAGUCCAUGGACCGCGUGCUGCACCAGCGCCAGCUGCCGGCCCACAGCUUACUGCACCGCGCCAUGCUGCAGGUUGUCAUCAAGAGAUAUUUACCCAACACCACAUUAAAGGAAGGUAAAUUGAAACGCAUCUCGAAAUGCGACACCUUCGAACAAUACUUCAAGAUGGCCGACAAAAUUCUUAAUUUAAAUCUAAAUCUGCCCGAAACGUUCUACACAGAUACGCAAUUGUAUUUGGAUUGCCAGUGGAAAAAAAUGACUUUAUUUUAUUUAAUCAGACUGUGUUUGGCCCAAGUAGUUGAAAGCGUAAUAUUGUUGGAUAGAAUAUUGUUUUUGUAUGAGAACGGCUUCGAGAAAGUUUAUUUAGUUAAAUUAUUUGAUCCGGUUUUAUCGCCGCGCUGUCACAGUGUUGUUGCUUUAAGAUAAUAAAAAAAACGCGUAGACUGAAGACUUUUAUAUUUAUCUCCGACAUUGAAAAUUUAAAGUAUGUUUUUCACAAAAAUGACUGUUGAAGCGUUUAGUGUGAUUUUGUUAUUAGAAUCAUCAUUCCCUCUAGACCAGUGAUUCUAAACGACUGUACCUCGCUACUUUACAAUUAAUAUAUUUUUUUUUUAUUGCCCUUGUAGGCAGACGAGCAUACGGCCCACCUGAUGGUGAGUGGUUACCGUCGCCCAUGGACUUCAGCAAUGCCAGGGGCAGAGCCAAGCCGCUGCCUACUGAUUAAUAUAGCGUAUUUAUGCGUUUUCAAUUUAUCUUAUUGUCUCGUUAAAUUUUACUAUCGUUAAAAGAGUGCCGCGGUGAAACAAAGGUUGA